AUGACUGAAAAAAGUUCCAGUGUGUGCCUGUCUAUGAUAAGAGUUGGCCUCACACCACAUUACUACUGUGUUGCUCGCUCAAUCGAUCUUGACGGAAGAAUUGAAGAAAGCUGGAUAAAAGUCGAGCACGCGAAAUCCUCUUGGCGUUCGGUGUCUGUCAUGCCACCAGAAAAAAGCACGAGAGCUGAGAUACUGUCAGGUUGCCCAAGCCUAGAACUGGGAAGUCGAGACCCAGAGGUCAGGUUCGAACCACGGGCCUUCCGGUCAAGCCUUAGGGUGAAAAAGUGGAUGAGAGGGAAUCUGAUGCUGGUCUGCCGCAAGCAUUAUAAAGUGCCCACACCGCCAACCACCCAAUCAAACAAUAUGGAAAGGAACUGA